AUGGCGGCUGGGCGCUACGGUCCGCAGGAGGUGCAGCAGCUUGCUCUGGAGACCAUGGACUCCGAUGCUUGGGAGGCCAAGCAGGGUGGCCUCCAGGCCGCCGCGGAAGCGAUCAAGGUUUGGGAUCAGCCCGAUUUCAGAGCCCAUGUCCUCGAGAAGGUCCCUGGUCUUCUUUUGGAUCCCGAGUAUCGGGUUCGAAAGGCGGUGUCUGCAGUACUCCGGGAAUGCUGUCAACGAGACGGUUUGCCGAUCUAUGACAAGAUGGGGAAGAUCGUUUUGGAUGACAUCAGGGACAAGUUCAAGCGACCAGAAGAGGAGCCAAAAGAGCAGCGACUGCAGGAGCUUCAAGGAAGUGCCACAGGCUAUCCAGAAGCCGCAGCACCGGUGUUUCUGCAUGACACCGAAGGCUGGCGCUCUUUGGAGACGUCCAUGGGAGCAUUGGAGGCGAUGAUGCAGGGGUGUGGUGAAGCCUUCACGCCACGCAUCGAUGAGGCGAUGUUGGACUUGAUGCAAGAAUGCUCAAGGCAUACCAAUCGAUUCGUGCGAGAAUACACCUACUUCGCGCUGAAGAAUGUCUAUGACGUCUGUGACCAUGAUGCCUUCUUGGCUCUGGUUGCACCAAAGACCGUGAAGGUCUUGGCCAACGGCAUCAAGGACAACUGGAGCCAGGUGCGUUAUGCGGCCUCAGUGGCGGCCAGGGCCUUCAAUGACAAGGCGGGGGAUGAGAAGGAAAAGUUCUACCCGCAGCUCCUGGGGCUAAUGUGCCUGAACCGCCACUACGUGGCCGAAGGCGUGCGGCUCUUUUCACAGGACACCUGGCGACGUGUCUGCGGACCGCUGGGGGGCGCCAGGCUGUUGGUGGCGCACUUUGAUAGUGUGUUGGAUGCUUAUGUGGAUGCCGCGCGUGCGCCCAACCACGCGGUGCGCGAGGCGGCCAGCAACUGCAUUUCGGAACUGGCGGCUCGUGUAGCAGGUUCACCUUCCGCGCCCACCCCCUUCCGUGAGCAUUUCACUUCUGCGCGCGUGCAACGCAUGUUGAAGGCCUUGCUGGAUGCCUUCAGGGAUGAAUCUUGGCCAGUGCGAGACGUGGCCAGUACGGCCUUGGGCCAUUUCGUUCAGGCGUUUCCAGAGGAAUGCCGAGGCAUUCUGCCGGAGUUGUUGGAACUUUGGUUCGACCAAAUGGCUGACAACAUUCCAUCGCUAAGACGGAACGGUGCAGCUGCAUUGGCUUCGGCUAUGAAGGUCUGGCCGGAACUCUGGUCACAGGUGGUACCGCGCAUGCAGAAAACACUGCCGGAGGUCAUGAUGCAGCCGGAACAUUCCGAGAUUUUCACGGACUACACCCCUUCGGGGCCCUUUUCGGUGCCCAAGUCGAAAUCCACGGCCGUCGGAGAGAAAUCCGAUCCUGCAUUUACUGAUAAGGUCAUGUACAGUUGUGGCUCUUCAGCCCCGAAGACCUUCAAGCAGAGAAGGGCCCGAGACAGCGGCUGUAUGAAUUGCAACGUGGAAGCACCCCACCAGCUCUGGGAGGCCUCUGAGGGCAUGGUCCAUCUCUUGACCGAGCUGAUACUCUUAGAUCCCAGUCGUCUGCCCAUCGAUCAGCUGAUGCCCACGCUGGGGGAGGCCUAUGCGUGCUCACAAUAUCGUCAUCAUCAUCUGCUGAAGCAACGCGUUUGCGAACGGCUUCCUGAGCUUUCUAAGGCGCUGGGAAAGGAUCUGCUGCCCCACAUGCCGCAGUUGCUGAAGACGACUGCCACCUGCGCCCAGCAG